AUGUCUUCAGCGUUAGUGCGUCAAGCUCUAGAACUCGUAGAUCCAGAAGAAAACACCAAAAAGAAAACGAAACGUCGUCCGAAUACUAGCCGGCACCAGGGUCAAGUUGUCAGUCACCCGUACAAAAAGAACAAAAAACAACUGCAGAAAAAAGUGAUAUCUAAAGAGGAAAUAACAGAGGAAAAUAUAAAGAAAUUGCUUGCUUUAUCAACUCCUACUGCUGACAGUGCUACUGCUCAAAAGAUCGUAGAGAGAGCAAUCAAAGGCAAGGCAUUAAGUGAAAAGAUUGAAGUCAAUGUCGAACAACAGAAGUCUAUCUUGUUCCCAGAUGAACCAUUUGAAGAUUUUGAAAAAAGCUACUUUUGCAGU